AUGAUUGAUCGUGGAAAAUUAAGAUAUCUUUAUGAUAAAUUUAUCAUAACAAAAAAAAUUGAUAAAAAAUAUAUUACCAAAAAAUGUUCUCGUUUUUAUGCUAUACUUCAAACUCCUAACAAAACCAAAAUACGUCAUCCAGAAUUACCAUGUUACGAUAAGCAUUCAAUAAAUAUUGGUGGAAAAGAAUGUAAGCAUAUUGAUAGAUUUAUUAAUGCUAAUGAAAUGAUCUACAAAUAUGGUAAUGGUAAAGAAAGAAAAAUUAUCAUGUGUCAGGCACCUGUAAGAGCAACUGUUGAUGAUACAUUUGAUAUGUUUUAUAGAUAUCGUGUUAAAGUUGUUAUUUUACUUGUAAGUAAAGAAGAAAUUGAUGUUUUAGAUAAAUGUCAUUUCAAAUCAUAUCCUGAUAUCAAUAAAUUUGUUCAAUCAGCUAAUUAUGUUCUUAUAAAUAGAACUACCAUUAUUGAUAAAAAUAGUUGCUUCUUUGAACAUGAUUGUGAGCUUCAACAUAUAGCCACAAAAAAAACAUUACUUCUAAAAUUAAUUCAAUAUAUGGAUUGGCCUAAUAAAAAUAUACCUGUUGAUAGAAAAACAUUAUAUGGAUUAUAUAAAAGAACUGUUGAAUUAUGUAAAAAUGAUUAUUUGGUAAUACAGUGUAGUUCAGGUGUUGGAAGAUCUGGUACAUUUGCAAUGAUCAUCCACAUGAUUGAUACAAUCGACAAGGAAAACCCAUUUGAUCCCUUCAAAAGUUUGGACUUUAUAAGGCAACAUCGUUAUAAAGGAGUCCAAACAAUAAGUCAAUUUUUCCUUGCACUAUGUAUACUUUAUCAACAUUUUGAAGAUGACAUUAAAUUUGUUGAUCGAAAAUUAUAUGACCAAUUUAUGGAAUUGGCACAAAUUGUUUUUGAUGGAGAAAAAUUAAGUUAUUGCUAA